AACUUUGCGCAUUAUACGUAGCGAUGAGCCGCACCAUAUUUUCCUGAAUCCGGUUCCGACGUGGCGACGACACACAGACCGAGCACAGUGCUCUCCUACCCGAACGGUAGCAGCUGAGAGACGGGUGUGCGGGGCGGAAGAUUUCUCACGGCUCACGGACGAGAACGCGCUUCGUUAUGCACUCACUCCUACGGAUGGCUGCCUCUCAACAAAGCUUUACCGCAAACUUUCCGCUCGGCGUUUGACGCGGGUGUGUGUGUGUCUUGUGUGUGUUGUUAUUGUGGUUCUACCGAGUCAGGUCUAAGAGCAGAGACCGUGAUGCAGGUGCAAACUGUGGGCUAAAUGUUCCUGAAAUGUCUCGCUGUGCGCCGACGCGGUCCAUUGUGCCACGGCUGCCCCGCAUUGACAGAUACCAUUUUAAGCCUGCGUGGUCCCGCCGUCUGGAAUCACAGCAAAGUGUUGUGUAAUUACAAGUUGUACUAAAACAAGCUGGUGGAAUGGGAAUGAGCGUCCAUGACACUUUAUGGGUCCGGCGUACUUGAGGCUUCCAGUUGAAGAGGUGUGCUGCGGGGUGACAGCUUCACAUCUGGACAGCCCGGUUCCUGUCAACCGCGGCCUGGUUGGGCCGCACACCCCAUUAACUUAUAUGUUUGUCGGCAACUGACUUGAUUGACAGCCUCGGAGGGUGUCGUGUUAGCCCAGGAAGAGCAUAAAAAUGGUGGUGUCAGCUAUGGCUCUCGCUUAGUGAAGUCACGCUUAUUAAAGCAACGCUAGCGUGACUCUGCAGUCUUCUUUCCACAUCGCCCACGUCGACGUUCCGGGGAGAGAAAAAACAAUAGUGAAAGUGGAGUAUUGUCCGCCAUACGUGUCAACGCAGUGGGAUUUCUACGUGUGGUCGGCGUUCCCCCCACCCCACCCUUCCCGCGGUGACGGUUAUGGGUCGGAAGCGGUGUGUAGGUGCAGAUUGUUCCAAGAUGGCGGCCGGGUGCUGCGGGGUGAAGAAGCAGAAGCUGUCGGGAUCGCCCGGGUCGGGGGGUCCCGGCGGGGUGGGGGCGGGAAGCGGGGUGACAGGAACCGGACAUUGUGGAUCGGAGUUGGGGAUUGGCUCCUCCGCAACGGUUGCUGGAGCGGCCAACGUGAGCAGGGCAAACGGCCUGGGGGGACCCGGGGGUAACGUUAGCGGCGGUGGUGGUAGUAAUAGUGGUGGCAGCAGCGGACCGAGCACUCUGUCUCCAGCCCCGGCCGGCUACACUUCAUCCGGUCUCUCCCCGAAUCUCAGCCCAGGACCUGGAUCGGGAAGUGGAGGCAGAAAAAUGGUUGUAUCAGCGGAGAUGUGCUGCUUCUGCUUUGACGUGCUUUAUUGCCAUCUAUACGGAUACCAACCUCCGAGAACACCCAGGUUUACAAAUGAUCCCUACCCGCUGUUUGUCACAUGGAAAAUCGGCAGAGACAAGCGGUUGAGGGGUUGUAUAGGUACAUUUUCUGCCAUGAAUCUGCACUCAGGACUCAGGGAGUACACCCUUACCAGUGCCCUUAAAGACAGCCGCUUUCCCCCCAUGACAAGGGAUGAGCUGCCUCGCCUCUUCUGCUCAGUGUCUCUUCUCACCAACUUUGAAGAUGUGGGUGAUUACCUUGACUGGGAGGUGGGUGUUCACGGUAUUAGGAUAGAGUUUUUCAAUGAGAAAGGAUCAAAGCGCACCGCCACCUACCUGCCAGAGGUCGCAAAGGAGCAAGGUUGGGACCACAUUCAAACCAUAGAUUCCUUACUACGAAAGGGAGGUUACAAAGCUCCCAUCACAAAUGAUUUCAGGAAGACCAUUAAGUUAACCAGGUACCGUAGCGAGAAGAUGACAAUGGGCUAUGCGGAGUACAUAGCCCACCGCCAGCAUCAUCACUACCAGAAUGGCAUCGGGCACCCUCUUCCACCCUACAACCAUUAUUCCUGACAGCGAGCCGCAUGACCAAUCAUUGGACCUCUCCGCGGACCUUUUCCCAGGAGAGCCCGCCCCCUCCUGGUCUAGCUAUUUCUACUACUGUACCAUUUUAUGAUGAUAGUUUCCGUUGCCAUGCUAGCCGUCUCCCGAGAUGUUGUUGACAUGGCAACGGUCUGCUACCAAGCAUCAAAUCGAGAGAAUCGUGAGAAAAUCCACCUUUUUUUUUGUUUUUGUUUUGUUUUGUGGUUUUUGCAGCAUACGUAUAUCUUUUAUCCCCCUUCAUUUGUCUUCUUGUAACUUUUACCAUCAAGUCCGCUCAGCAGCCGAAUCAGGUGUUUGAUUCUGUGGAUACAAGGAAGUCUCUUCCAGUGGAUGAACGCUGAAAACCCUGAUUCUUCUUUUUUUUUUCCCCUCUACAUAUUUUACCCAGACUUUAUGUAUACCAUGUAGCAGGUUCUCAAUGGCUGUGUCGUCGCUAGUCUUGAUUCCUCUCAAAAAAAAAAAAGGACUGAAGGUUGUUUUAGCUUGUAGCGUAGUAUGUAUUGGGAUGUGUAUACUCCAAAAAUUGUCCAUUAUGGAAUCGUGAUGUCCUCCUUCAUUAUUUGAGGUCACAGCCGUGUGCUUUUUGUUUUUGCGUGUGAAUUACUGACGCUCAUAGAAAUUGGAUUUAAGAUUGCGUUAGAGUGUUGUGUGUUUCGUUGUAGAACGUUUUCUGCUUGGCUUGACUUGGCCCAUGUGUGCGUGCGUGCGUUCUGUUGUGUGUUUCCAGCGACAUUUGGUCAUUUGAUUGUGUCUCUUUAAAAACGGGGCAACUGGGUUUGAUUUUUAAAGGAAAACUGCUUUUUUCCGGGAAUAUUGCCAUCAUCCACAAUCCUUAUGUGAAACAUGACCGCCUCUCCCUUUUCUGUGUUUUAAAGACAAAAAAACAGCACAUGGGAGCUAACAAUGCACGUAAUGGGACACCUAUUUUGACUAAAGACCACCAACAAUAUUUGUACAACUGACCUGUAUAUAAACUAAGGUACAGUGAUGUUGUUGUUGUUAUGUUGGCGCUAACACUUCUUCAUUAGUCUCUGGGAGCAGUGUCCUCCUCACCAUAUACACAAAGCCAGUGCUUCUAAAUUGUUUUUCUGUCAUGUCCCUUUUUCACGCCCAACGGAGAUUCGAACCCGAUCCCCUGACUGUGCGGCCAACAUGCUAACCACUAGUUCACUGUGGCGCCCGUUUGUGGAUGCUCAUUUUUCCUACAUUUAGAUGUUGGAUGUUUAGUGAUUCAAAGUCUGCCAUGAUUAGCAAAGUGGUGCCUUGGUUACCGUCGUCAAUCUGUUCGGAAGCUCCGACCGAAACCAAAAUGGACUCUAACCAAAGCAAAUUUUCAAUCCAAUGAAUCCAUUCUAGACACCCAAACAUGUUAUACAAAACACAUUUUCUAUACAUUAAAUCUCGUUUUACUUGCGGAUAAGGAUUCGAAUGCUGUUUUUCUCUCUGGAGAAUGACAGGGAAGACUGGGAGGGAUGUGUUCAUGUUUCACGUAAGGAUGGUGGAUGAUGGCCAACAUUCUUAACAACAUGCAGAGCACUGUCGUUUCCAUUUCCUCUGAGCGUUACUUGCAGGGAAACUUCUUAAAGCCAUAUUCUCAUUUUAGCCGUGGCGUUUUCGAUGGCGGUGACCUCCCGGCGUAUACUCAUUAUGUCACCUUUGGGAUGAUGGCGAACCAUCGUCCACCGUGUAUCACAUACUGGUACACUCAUUGUUCUGUCAGCUUGGGUUUGGUUGACUGGAUUUUUUUUUUUGAGAGGUUCUCGUCACCCUUUUCUUUGGGUAACAGCCUUUAGAAAGUGACAGAUUCUUUGAGUUUUUUCUUUAUGCAAAAAAAAACAAAACACGUCAAGGGCUUUUGGCACUCCAUCCACAGCGAACCCCAAAUGACCCUCAUGUUUAAGUUGUGUUGCCUUAAAUGAAUGAUUUACCAAGAACAGGGGAGGGGGGAAUGAUGCUCGGUUCCCGUUCUUCCUUCCCCUCGUUUGUGCUUCCCCCCAUCCCCAUCCCAUCGUCAAACCGGGGUAGGGUGGGGGUGUAACGCGUCAGUCGAGCAUCAAUCUCCCGCUUCAUUUUAAUCACAGCACAACCAGAAAUUAUCUGCUGCAAAACCAAACCGACCAUGCUCUUGAACAUAUAUGUGUUUGUGUACACAUGCAAUGUGUCUAGUUGCAUGUAUGUAUGAGUAUGAGACCUAUGGUUUUCUCCAUGAUAGAGACGUUAUGCUUGAUCUGUGGCUUGGACACUCUUUAAGAGAUUUAAAUGACAAAUAUGGUGCUAUCUGACCUCAUAUUGGGGUGGUCACGGCUCGUGACUGGUCAUGCGGACUCAUCGAUCAUAUCAUACUUUGGGGAAAGAGAAAAAAAAAAAGAAAAGAUGUUACAUGUAAGAUUUUCUCUUUGGUGUAAUUGCUGCGAAACGCGGCACAUUUUUUAACGCAGAAGGAAGAAACAAAUGUAGCCCCCUGCUCUCAUCAAAUCCAUUGUGGGUGAGUUCCCUAUGGGAAAACUGAUAAUUCCUUCACAUGUCAUGAAGACGCAUUGAUGGACGUGCGAGUCCCGGCAGCGGACGCUACGGAAUGUACUGUUUAGCGGUCACAAUUGGAGACGCGCGACGAGAGAAUCUUACAUGUCUUCACCUCUUUUUAAACUCUCCGAUAUAUGCAGAUCUGUUCAACAGGUGUUUUGUUUGUGUUCCACCCGUGCAGGUUUGAAAGGACAAGAAGUCACACGUUCACCUUUACUCCUUUUUACCCAACGCUCACGGCCUCGUCUGUCCCGGUGUCGGCGCUCGUUUGCCUCUCCCGGCAGGUCGGAUGUUGUUUUUACGUUUUCUUUGUGCAUCCGUUAUCCUCUAGCUGCUGAAUCGUUUCACCUCCCGUGAAGCGGCAAAGUCCCGAUAUUCAACCCGAGCGGAAGGUCUUGCAUAGACGCGUUUGUAAGCAGCGAUACCUCAUGGGAUAUUGGACUUUUGUUUUGUUUUGUCGUUUGUUGUAGCAGAUAAAGCGUUUUUAAUAGUGGAGGAUCCGGUAGUUCAGCCUCAGCAUUCCCUCGCGUUCAGCGGUCAUUUCUCGUGUUGAGCGGGAAUGCUGCAGCUCGUGUUAACUCGUCACGUUUGACUGAACCAAAGAAGACGCUAAGCGGCCGUGUCCAAAAAAUGCUGCUCUCUAGGCCUGGCUUCCUGUCCUUCCAAAAUAUCAAAAGGAGACACCCCUGCCGUCGACAAAAACCUUCAUUUUUUGUGUGUCGGUCGAUCGAAGCAACCCAAUUUUUCAAUGAAAAAUCUCAUCUGACGCCGUUCAUGGCAUCAAGGAUGGUUUAAAAAGGUUGCAAAUUUGUUACUUAUUUUGUUUGUUGUUAUUGUUAUUAUUGCUCUAAUUCACAAAAAAAUGAAACUCCCAUUGUGUGCCUCGUAGCUUUAUGGGUUUAGAAUUUUUUGGGUUUUUUUUCCCAGAAGACCAGCAGUUAUACUUUGUAUAAAAGAUGGAAGUUUUUUUCUUAUUUUUUAUGCCAUUAAAGUCGAAAAGGCCUCUUUUCUUUACUCUGGACCCAGUAGCUGCACUGGUGUACAAUCGCACUGAUAGAUCAUAGUGAAAAAAAAAAAAAAAAUAAUCAAUAAUAAUAAUGAUCAUGACAAAUGAAAUAAGAACUACAAUAAACUUGUUUGAGACUUUUUUAUUACAAAAGAUGGGAAAAAAAUGAAAGAAAAUGACUGUUUUUGUACAUUCAAAAGACUCUAGUUUCAAAAUUAUUUUAGUGGUUUUAUAUGUUCUGAAUUUUUGGAGACACCGAGACGGGUGUCGCUGUACAAAAUGAGGUUUUUUUUUUCAGUUGCAGUGGCCUGAUGGGCUGGGAGGGUUGCCUGGUGUAACUCCUCAUACCAACGUUCAUUUUCUUGUCAUUUUGGACUCUUGUUUGACUCUGCUUUAGUAACUUGAAAAUGUUGAUGGAAAAACAUGAACUGGGAAAGCAAAAAUCCCACCCCUGUAGAACUAGAACCUUUCUCCUACUCCUUGAAUUGCUGUUAGUGUGACAAGACUUGAAACUGACAUUUUUGUCAACAUGUAAGACCCCAACAGGAAAAUAAAAGUUAAAUAUACACAAAAUACAGACAGAAAAUAAAAAAAAAAUGCAAAUGAGUUGGGGUGGGGGUGAAAAGAUAUAAAAAGAUAUAUAUAUAGAUGGGUUAUCUUGAGUAUGUAAGCAAUGGAUGUGAAGAUAAUGUAGUUUUAAACAUUGUUAUUACCUUUUCAAAUCAUUUAUUCAAUAAAAAAACAUCAACUCAAA